UUUAAUUCAAAAUGGCGUUGUAAUUGUUGGCAUUUUGUAUACACAAUAAUUAUUUAUAAUGAUUAAAUAAAUAUAAGACGUAUCAAACAAAAUUAUUAUAUAAUAUCCUUUACUAAGUUAAAAUUAAUAACCAGUUAAUAAUUUUAAGUCAAAAUGUUUAAUACAAACUUUCUAUACGAGAAACGGCCUUUGAAAAAGCCUCGAAUUGGGCCCCCCGAUGUAUAUCCUCAAGAGCCAAAGCAAAAAGAGGAUGAACUAACUAGUGUUAAUGUUAAACAUGGUUUUCCUACAAUGACCCACCUCAGCGAUGAAUUUGGAACCGCCAGAAAUUGUAAUGUCACAGCUAGCAAGGUUGGAGCCUACUUUAAUGCAAUUAUUUCUCGCAAAGAAGAGCUCUCGAUGUUACCAGAUUCUGGUAGAAAAAGACAACAGAUAAAUCCAAAGGACAACUUUUGGCCAGUAACAAAUAGAACAAAGAAUCACAUAGAAGCCUGGUUUAAGGAUUUGUCUGGAAAUAAACCUUUAAUGAAUCUGUCUAAGAGAGCACCCAACUUUAACAAAAAGGAAGAAAUAUUUGUGAUGCUGACUGAAUAUCAAGUUCCCAUGCUCAGAGCAGCUUGGUUUAUUAAGUUAAGUUCUGCAUAUACAGUUGCCGUUUCAGAAGCUAAAAUUAAAAAGAGACAAAUGCCUGAUCCUACUACAGAGUGGACGGGUACAACUUUAAAAUUCCUUAAAGAUCAAGUUCCCAAGCUGCAGGAACUGUAUUCUCAAGCUGAAAAACCUACAAAUGCAACAUUGAAUGCAACUCAUACAAAUGAGACUGAACAGAAGCUUGCCAUGCGCCAUUGGAAUUAUUGUACAAGGCUUUUAAAAUAUAUGUAUGAAGAAGGACUGACAGACAGACAGGAGGUUCUGAACUGGAUAGUAGAAUUACUUGAAAAACAAAAAGCCCAACUGCCAGGUGACGAUGGUAUUUUAAGACUGUUUCUACCUCUAACUCUUCAGUAUUUAGAUGAAUUUGUUCAAUCAGAACUGUUGUCACGAAGAUUAGCACAUUACUGUGCCAAAAAACUGGGCAGUAUGCUUACGAAUGUGGCAGAAACCAAUGUGAUGACAUCUCCACCCAGUGAAAGCAAAACAGAACCAAAGGAAACGGAAAAAGAAAAGAAAGAGACCACUUCUACGAAUCCCCUUCAAAGUAAUAUGGUUGAAUAUCAAAACUGUCCUCAUCAUCGAGAUAUAGUUUUGCAGUUAAGUACUAUUAUCCAGACAGUUGUAUUGGAAUGUCCUACAGCAUUAGUUUGGUGUGGGACAGGUGUUGGUACCAUUUGGCACGGAUCCCCAUUGGAUAGUUUACCCAUAUUACCGUCCAUGUUACCGAUGCCACCCCGAUGUGAUAUGAAUACAUAUAGAAAACAGAUCAUGUUUGCUGAAAAUUGUAUUAGAGAUAGGAGUAAAAAGGCAGAAGGAAGAUGGUGCACCGAGAAGUGGCAAGCUUCACCAGCAGGGACUGUUACUACAAGGGUACUGUCUGCUCUAGACGCUUUGGAUCGUCACCGAUUUGACAAAAUGGAUGCGACAAAUUCUUUAGAUACGUUAUACGCAAAAAUAUUUAGUGGACCAAAUGAUCAAGAGAACGCGGUAGUUAAAUUGCUGUGUGAAUGGGCAGUAUCUCCCGAACGUACUGGCGAACAUAGAGCUCUAGCUGUAGCAGCUCUACUUGACAGAAGGCAAUCAGAUACAAAUACAGCAGGAGAUCAAGAAACUACUCCCGGUGAUGACAAAGAUUCCAGCAGUAGUGUUCCAGGUGGUCCACCAAUGUUUCAAUCGCUAUUAAUGAAGUUUUUGGACAACGACGCACCAGUUCCCGCACCUGAUGAUUGUUCGAUGAAAAAGACUGCGUUUUCGAACUUAGUUCAUCUCUUUUCUGAACUUAUUCGUCGUGAUGUAUUCUCUCAUGAUGCCUACAUGUGUACUUUAAUAUCCAGAGGAGAUUUACUAGGACCUGAAGAAAAUUCUGAGAAUACUUUGAAUACACAUCACACUAAAAUGGAGCCGAUGGAUUGCGACGACAAUAUAGACCAUGAUAUAGACAAAAUCCUCCAAAACAUCAAAGAAGAUCAACAGAACUCAAUGGAUUUUCCAGAUAGUCCCAAAGAGCACGAUCACGGACAUCAUUCCCAUGUUCCUUCUUCCAUGGGCCAUGUCCCUCUGGAAACUGAUCACAACGAUCACAAAGUUAAACCUUCGAGACAUUUAUUGUAUACGACGCAUUUUCCUUUGAGUCAGGAUGAUCCUUUUUCUCAACACGACUGUAAUCAGAGACACGUCUUGCUGUAUGGUGUCGGCAAGAUACGAGAUGAAGCCAGACACACUGUAAAGAAGAUGUCGAAAGAAAUAUGCAAACUAUUUUCAAAGAAAUUUAGCAUCGACGUAGCUGAAGGUGGAAAAGUCAAAAAGCAACGCAAUGAAUUUAAUUUUGAAUCAACUACCCAAAAAUGCCAAAGCCUCAGUUAUUUUGAUCAGCACUUAGUAACGUGGCAAUGUAGCGUUACCGUCAUAGAAAUGCUAAAUUCAUUCGCCACCGGAAACUCGAAUUACCUUCCAGUUCAAGAACACGUAGCAUUCCUGUUCGAUCUAAUGGAACUCGCCCUAAAUAUAUAUGGACUAAUUGAUGUUUGUAUCCAGAUUUUAAAAGAAUUGCCGGAAGUCGAGGCACAGUUGAAUAAUAAAAAUUUGGCAUUGAGUAGGAAUUAUACUACGUCGUUGAGUUUGUAUGUUGUAGGAGUACUCAGAAGAUAUCAUUGUUGUUUAUUGUUAUCGCCAGAACAAACCUCAGCCGUAUUUGAAGGACUCUGUAAAGUCGUGAAACAUGUAUCCAACCCUGGAGAUUGUAGCUCUGCCGAAAGAUGUAUUCUUGCUCAUUUGUACGACCUUUAUUCAUCUUGUAGUUUAUUGAAAUCCAAGCCUCACGCUGUCGAGCCUUUCGGAAAUGCUUAUCCCAAAAUCAAACAGGCUCUUUAUACUUCUCCUCAACCGACGCCGAGUAAUAUUUAUGUUUAUAAUGCCCAAUAUAUGCAAGAAUUGUUUAUUAAUCCAAGAAGAGCGGGAAGAAUCGAUAGUGUUUUGGCGAAGCAACUGAACGAAAAUGGAAAUAACAGGUACUCUUUUGUAAGUAAUGCAGUAAUUCACGUUUGCCGGGAAAUGGAGAACGAACGGUUGAAUGAUCUAGCGAUUUUAUGUGCUGAGAUGACAGCUUGUUGCAACUCUUUAGCUUCAGAAUGGUUGGGAGUGAUACUUACAUUAUGUUGCCCACUAACUCAUCCUGGAUAUUACGCAGAAGUCUUAAAUCAACUGGAUAUACAGGACGUCAGCAUUCACAACGCUCUAGCUGUAUUCACUUGCAUUUUGAUAGCGAGGCAUUGUUUUUCACUGGAAGAUUUUGUCAGAAGAGUAGCUCUACCCAGUUUGCUUAAAGUGAAGUCAUUGGAUAACGGCGAAGGGAGAGCUGAAGGUGGUAUGCGUUUGACUUGUCAUUUAUUACUUCGUCUAUUUCGUACAGCCGAAGGUCCCCAACCGGGAUUAUAUUCCGUCGGAUCUCCUCCUCUUACUGCUCCAAGACCACCCUUAGGUGUUAGACUGAGUUGUGAUCGACAUCUCUUGGCUGCUGCGCAUAGGAACAUACACGUUGGUCCUGUGCUAGCAGUACUAAAAGCUGUAUUAAUAGUCGGUGAUGCAACAGCUAAAGAAGGAACAGAAUUGAGUUUGAGUAACAUCUUAGGAACUAGCGAUCUGCAUAGCGGUGUUGAUGGACCAAAUCUUGAUUUACCGAUGAACGUGGAUGUGUGCGGAUCGAGGACGACACAUAGGCAAUCAAGCACCGGUAAUGCAGAAAGCACAGCAUCGUUAUCGGCUUUCGCCUGUCACGUUUUAAGAGAAAUUUGCUCUCAACAAUGGGUGUUAGAAAGGUGUCUAUCAUCAGACGAGCUUUGCCACGUGGACAACCUUUUGGAUCCACUACUGUCACACUCUCAGGCACAAAGGCUAUUACAUAUGAUAUGUUAUCCGGAUGCCGGAGCGAGUAUUGAUUCUCUAGAUCAGAAAUCUAUGAUUACUCGAAUAUUAGAGAAUCUAGAACAAUGGACACUUCGAAUGUCAAUCCUCGAUCUUCAGUUAAUGUUCGAACAGUUCAGUCCCAACUCGCCGGAACUUUCCCAAUGGUUAGACACUGUAGCCAAAGCCGCCAUCGACGUGUUUCAACUUAACGCCCCAUACGAAACACCUGCCGUUGAAGAAAAGAAAAACGAAAAGAAACAACAGGCUUCUAUCUGGUUGGUAGCACCUUUAGUUUCUAAACUACCGUCUGCCAUCCAAGGACGUGUACUGAAAGUAGCAGGGCAAGUAUUGGAGAGCGGAGGGUGGUGUAAAGAACAAAAAAAUAAACUUAAAACUUGUGGCGGGGAAAGCCAAAGCUUGUUGACGCAUCAGCCAUUUUUACAGUUAGUUUUGACGUGUCUUAAGGGACAAGAGGAAGGGAUGAGGGAAGGUUUAUUGUCAUCUUUACAUCAACAAUUAUCACAGCUCGUACAGCAAGCAAAAGAAGGAAACUUACAAGACGUCACCGGUACGGAAAGAACCUUAGAUGGGCUUCAGUUACGUUUUGCUCUGGUAGGGGGAGUUUUCGAGGCGUUCCAACGAAACCCAUCUGCAACUACCGACUGGGCUUUGUUGUUAGUUCAACUCGUUACUCACGGUCUUAUUGAUCUCCACACUCACAGUGAUUUGUUUACUAUUGUCAUAGAUAUGUUGGCAACUUUGGUUCAUUCUGCAAAAGCAACUGAUACACAGGACGAUACCAGAAAAAUGUAUCCCAAUCUUCUUAAGAAACUGAAAAAGGAAGUUGGAGAAAAACAGAACGCUUCACUUCAACACAUUCGACAAUUACUGCCCUUGUUAAGAGUACAAACUGAAGUGAUUGCUGUUGAACCUGCAGGAUCUGGUAAAGGAAAUAAGAUGAAUUUUGACAGUGUCGACAAAAAACAUGAUUUACAGGUGACAGAUAAACAGCGGGUAAGCAACUGGGACAUACUCGAAGGAAUGAAAAAUCCAGCUCCUCUGUCUUGGGCUUGGUUUGGAGCAGUAAGACUAGAGAGGAAGUCUUUGGCGUGUGAAGAUACUUUUAGAUUGUUAAAGUUCCAUACCCAUAACCUUCAAAAACCGAUAGCUCAUUAUUUGGAUCCACCACCAUUGCCUCCAGAAGAUUUAGAACCAAUUCCUGACAAACCUGCUGAUACCCCAUCGUCAGUAGACCAGAGUCCAGCAGGAGCCGUCGGUAAGGGACGUGGCAAGGGCCAGAGAAAACCACGCAAACCCAAAACAGUUCCUGGUGCUAUUCAUGUUAAUCCUAUGUCGAUAAGUCAAUCCCAAAUUGCUCAAGGACAACCUGGUUUACCCAUGCAAGUUCAAGGUAACAAUCCGCAGAUGGGACAUAAUAUGGGCGGAUAUGGACAAGCGCCAGGUAUGCAACCACAAGGACAACAGUACGUUGGUAACACUGGACAGCAGAAUUGGUUCGGACAGAAUCCGCAGCAAGGAUAUGGAUAUCCCCCAAUGCAAGUCAACAGAUUCGAACGUCCACCGCAGCAAAUUAAUCAAUCUAAACAAGCACUUUCCAAUAUGCUUCGAUCUAGACACCCACUUAAUCAGUACAUGCCUGGAAUGCAAAAUACUCAAGCUGGACCCCAACAACCUGGAAAUUAUGCUCAAAUGCAGAGAGGUUUUCCAAGACAACCAAUGCGUCAACCGCAUCCUAAUUCUAUGCAACCAAAUCAGGGUAUGUUUCCACAACAGUAUAGUAAUAUGCAGAGCGGCAUGGGGCAGCAGUAUGGUAAUUACGGUGGCAAUCCCCAGUCUAUGAUGCAAAGUAAUAUGCAGAGUAAUCAACAAAUGAUGCAAGGAGCACAGGGUAAUAUGUUUGCCGGUCAGCAACAAGGUUUUGGUCAAGCUAGACCAGCUCAGCCAGAUUACCGACAAAUGAACCAAAAUCCUCGCGCACCAUACAUGCAGCAAGCUCCUAACGUCACUAUGAACACCAACAUGAGCUCAAUGGCGGGUAUGACUGGUCAGGGAGUAGCCGCCCCGCCCUAUUCGCGUACAGCUGCACAAGGUAUGCAAUCCAACGUACAAAAUCAAUCGCAAUUCCAACAGCAACAACAAAGGAUGAGAUUAAUGGCAAUGCAACAGCAACAGCAGCAACAACAACAACAAGGGGGACCGCAAGGUAAUCAGCCAUCACCAGCUCUAGUGGCUCAUUUGCAAAGGCAGCAGCAGAUGAAUCAGAAUCCAUAUCAUCAGCCACCACCUUACAAUAUGCAAUAAAUCCACAGAGUUUUGGAAAAUGAAAUGUAAUGAAUUAAAAACAAACCCUUUAAUCGCAAACUCAACAUUUUUAACUUCACAUGUCUUUAUUCUCUUUAUAUUUAAAAACUGAAAAAAUUACGAGCUCCAUGAAUUUAUUUGUUGAAUGAAAAGUAUCAAGACAGCAUUUUUACUCUAUGCGUGAUAGAAAACAAAUUCAAUUACGAAGAAAUAUGAUUUUAAGAACUUAAAAUCGUUCAAGUGAUUACAAAACAUUUAAAAAAUUUUAAAAUGUCUUUUUUGUUUUUUUUUACAAGAAGAAAUUGUGAUCUUUUUGUGUCCUAAUUCUUAGAGUAUUGUUUUUUAUCGAUUUAAUGUUUUAAUAGAUUUAAUUUUAUUUAUAUAAUAAACUUUUAGAAGUA